AUGGUAGACUUGAACGAAGACAACGACUUGCAGGAAGAGCCGCCGCAGGGGCAACAGCAGCAAGAAGAAAGAGCAGAGGGGUCACCUCCCCAUCGUUCACGCUCCCGCUCGGCCACGCAUGGCAGAUCCCCGGAGGCACAGCAACUGGGCAAGUCACCGUCUCCCCAAGGGGACGGAAACUUCGCACAAGACCGAAGCAGCGAACCUCCAGACUAUCAAGGCCCGGAUUUCGACAUUGCCCGCGAGGCCUUGAUAGAGGGCGGCCUGGCCGAGAACCAUAGGGCAGCCGCCGAUCGCUUGUAUGCGACGUGGAGGGAGAAGAGAGGAGGGGUAGUAUCGGAUGCAGAAAAUCGACGGAGUGUGCCCGCAGGUGAGCAUACGCCUCGCACCUCAAGACGCGCCCGUUUUUCGAGCCCGGGGGGCCAGAACCCCCCGUCCCCUGCAUCACUGAGCCCCCCUCCCACAUCGCAGAGCAGCAAAGGAAAAGCGAAGAAGAUUCCCCCUAUCCCUCGAGGUAAAGCUCCCCCCGCGACGUUCCUUCGACCCGUCGCCGAGUUCGCUUUGGCACGCCUGCGCGAGAAGAAGUACGUCGAGUUGUAUUACUUCACGGAAGAAGGCAUGCGCCUGGUGUCAGGAGGUCGCAUCGCGGGCGAAGACGAGACUUUGACGCUAUCCCACACCGACUCGUCCAUCGUCGUUACCGCGACCCCUAGGCAGCCCAAGGGUGUCAAGCUCGACGAAAGCCUGAGCUGGGAUCAAAUCUCGAAGGCCCGAACCAUCUACCUCAUGCACGCGCGAAACGAACAGUGGGAGAGCCACGCCCUCGAAAUGCUCUCGCUUUUCUUCAUCAAGCUCGACGCUCACCCCCUGCGAAGCGAAUUCAAGGGGAACGAUGCGGUCAUACACUACCAAGCACACUACCGCCGCGAAUGGCACAAAGCCAUACUCCGCGACGACCCCUUUGACCUAUCGGAAAUAGAUGAGGCAGCGCUCAAGGAGCUUCGUACCACGCUGGUGACCGAACAAGCCGCAGUUUUCUUCCAAGCGGUAAGUCUUACAGUUCGCGGGUAUCCCCUUCCGCAAGCACUCUACUAA